AAAACGACACUGUUUUGAUCAAAGAGAACAAAACAAAAGGAACGACUCGUCUUCUCCGGCUUACAACCUAACGGACCCAAAUUUAUAAACUAAAAUCCCUAAACCACGCUGACGGAGGAAGGGCGGACGCCAGCUCCGCCGCCGGACCAAUUUGCUUCAUAAAAGCAGGUUUGUUAAUCUCAAUGACAAUCUAGAGUUCUUGAAAGGUAUUAUACUUUUUUUUUCUAUUUAUAUCUUCUGAAUUAAGUCGAGGGAGCCAAAAUAAUAUGCUAAUGAAAAGAACUGAGAUGUCAGAAUAUUUACCUGAAGAAGUUAUAUUUCAAAUAUUGCUCAGAUUGCCUGUCAAGUCCCUUUUGAAAUUCACCUGUGUCUGCAAAUUGUGGAAUUCCAUCAUCAGAACUCCUCAUUUCAUCUCUAACCAAAUUCACACUACUUUCUCAUCAAACAAACAUCACCGUUUCAUUUUUCUGCUUCACUCUUAUAAAUUUAAGUACGAAUUCUCUAUGCAUUUCGACAAUAAAGAUUUCGAUCAAUACCUACCCGUCCAGCCACUCUUCAACCAAGCCGACGCUUGCGACGUGGUUGGCUCCAGUAAUGGUCUUGUCUGCCUCUUUUAUGUCUACAAAAUGAAUAUCAACUUUAACGGCGGCAUAUGUAAAUUUGUUAUUUGGAACCCUUCCAUUAGAAAAUAUUUGCUCCUACCUGAAACUAGUUUUCCCCUUCUAGCCUCAAAUUACUUUUCGAAUCAAUCAAAAUUAUUGGGGUUUGGCUUUGAUUCACGAUUUAAUGAUUACAAAUUGUUUGUGGCUCAGUAUUCUACCUCUACUAUAGAUGUGGUUCUCUAUUCACUCAAUUCCAACACUUGGAAGAAAAUCGCUAAUGUUCCUCCCACCAGCUAUAGAAAUCACAUAUGUUCUACAUGCCGUUCAACUUUUGUUAAUGGUAAAUUUUAUUGGCAUCCUUAUGAGACAAGUAAGAAGUUGGUUUUGGUGUUUGAUUUAAGAGAUGAGAUGUUUGGAGAAAUAAUAUUGCCCACUCAAUGUUUGGAAAAUCACCGCUGGAAUUUUCAAAUCAAAGCAUUUGGAGAAUCAUCCGUCGCAAUCAUUAUUCGAAAUAAUCUUUAUGAGAAUGAUAUAUGGGUGAUGAAAGAGUAUGACAGUGGUGAAUGGAUGAAGUUAGCUAGAGUUGGAAAACGCUGGAGAGGAUUUUCAAAUGUGCUCGAGUUUAGAGAUAAUGGUGAAAUAUUAGCUCAUUUUUGUAGAGGGCAACGCUUAGCCUCGUAUAAUUUAAAUGGACGGAUAAAGAAUCUACUGGCUUUGAGCGAAGAAAAGUAUGGAAGGCCUCCUUUUGCUUAUAGGCAUGUGGAGAGCCUAGCAUUAUUUGACAAAGGUAAUGAUAUUUCUAACGAGCUAUCAAUUUCAUUUUAGGGUUAUGAGUCUCAUAAGCAAAUUUGGUGUAGCGUGGUCAUGGAGUUUCUCAUGGACAAUUCUUAUUUCUGUGGCUAUUUGGAGAGGUUUUAAUUUCAAUUCUUUUUAGCGAUCUGGUGCAAUCCUUGGGCAUAUUGUGUUAUUGAGUUUGUCUCUCCUGCUGCUGCAUUUUCUCAUCGUCCUUGCUACAAAUUACCACUGCUUACAACUGAUGGUUCUGUAAGUACUUGAUAAUUAAUGAACUUUCCUUCAUUGAUUUUUCCUUUGGUUGCUUGAAGACUUAUGACUCGAUAGUCAGUUCCUUUUGAGAUGAACGAAUUGGGAAGUGCAGUUCUAGUGACAAUUAAUGCUGGUUUAGCAUUUGAAAUUAAUGAAUUCUGGUUUACAAUGUAGGCCAACCUACUGAUUAUAUUUGGAUUUGGGAGUAUCUUUGUAUUUAUGGGACUUGUAAGAGUGUGAAGGAGGUUCCUCCCAAUUCCUUAAUAAAAAUUGUUUGAUUCUAGCUUUAUAAAUAUAUCCAAAAUUGUUUGUUAUUUUUUUGACCUGUGCGGGUCUUGUAGGUAUAGCAUUGUUCUGUUUUAGAACGUAAUAUGUGGAUUGUCUCGGUUUGAUUCAAGAAUAAGAUAGAGCUGUAAGAAUUUGACCAUAACAAUGCACUUAGCUUCAUUGUAUAAUUGAGCCAUUUGUGUCUGAUCUUUGAUCAUA